AUGAUUCGAAGAUACAGAACAAAACAAAAAAUCAUUAUUAUUGCCAUAAUUUUAUGCAUUACAAUAUUUUAUAAUGAUUAUCUUGUUUAUGAGAUCCAGAAAUUCAAAUGGGCAACGAAAGACUGCAAUCAAUGUGUCAAAGUAUUAUUUGUUGCAGAUCCACAGAUAAUUGGAGAAAUAAAUGAAAGUUAUUUUGGCUCAUGGUUUGCACGGUGGGAUAGUGAUAGAUAUUUAGUGAAUACAUUCUCGAGAGCUUUAAAGCAUUCUCAACCUGAUGUGAUAGUAUUUCUUGGUGACUUAAUGGAUGAAGGCCACAUAGCUAGUUUUGAACAUUUUUCGAGAUAUAAAAAUAGAUUAGAUAGAAUAUUCCAUACCCCAGAGCAUAUUUUGAAAAUUUAUCUGCCGGGUGAUAAUGAUAUCGGUGGUGAAGAGGAUCAUGUCAAACCACGUAUCCACGACCGAUUUAACUUUGUAUAUUCGCAAUCAGAUACAUUAACAAAUAAAGACGUAAUUUUUUUUAAAAUUAAUCGGUUGACACACUAUAUGCCAAAUGCCCCCAAAGAUGCUUUUUUAAAUAAUUAUAGAGAUAGAAAUGUUACAAAUGUUAUUCUUAGUCAUAUACCACUUUUAUUCACACCUGGAGUGUUUGUUAAAAACGUGAUAAAAGAACUUUCACCCCAAUUGAUGUUUACAGCUCAUGAGCACAAAGCAUUACACCUGAGUUUUGAUUCUACAAUUGAUCAACUGAGUACUGUUUGGGUUUUUCCUCCGCACGAAAAUCAAUUUUAUAAUUUUCGAAUGGAAUUAAAUGAUAUUCAUGAGAUUCAAGUACCGACGUGUUCAUAUAGAAUGGGUACACGUUUCAUGGGCUAUGGAUUAGCUCAUAUUGACACUCAAGAUAAAUCAUUAGAAUUUACAAUUUUGUGGUUACCAGAACGUUUUCCAAAACUAUUAGGAUAUCUUUUAGUCGUUACAAUAAUAAUUGUUCUUGUUAAAUGUACGUUAAUAUGUAGUUGUUGUCCGACGCCUAAUCACGUGGCCUAUUCUCAGCUACCUAGAGUAUGA